UAAAAUGGGAGAUGACAGGCAACUCUCUCCUUCCCGCCAUUCCUGAGCUGAGGAAUCUCUCUCAUCAUUCUAUCUUACACACACAAAACAUGAACGCAAUUGCUUUGAAUCACACAAGCCAUUUUCCUAAUUCCAUCAAAUCCUCAGAAAAUCCCAAUAUCAAACCCCCCAAACACCAAUCUCUCAAUCUCUCCCUUCUCAAACACUGCACCCAUUUAAGCGAUUUCAAGCAAAUCCACGCCCAAAUCAUCAAAAACCCAUCUCCCCAAACCAAUAUCCUACUUUCCAAGCUCAUCGAAUCCUUGGUGAAUUCCACCCACAUGGACUACGCCCUCCACGUCUUCGAAGAAAUGCCCGAACCAACGACGUUUGUUUAUAACACCAUGAUCAAAGGGUACGCGCUAAGCAGCAGCAGUGAAGGAAUUGAGCUCUAUAUCCGCAUGCGGUGUCGGGGUCUCGAACCUGAUAAUUUCACUUAUCCAUUCCUUUUGAAAGCCUGCAGGGAUCUCACUGAAGGAAAAGGAGUGCAUGCCUUAAUCCUCAAAACGCCAGGUUUGGGAGCCGAUGUCUACUGUCAAACCUCCUUGGUUACAUUUUAUUCCAAUUGCAGAGAUAUUGAGUAUGCACGGAUGGUUUUCGAUAACAUGUCCAAUAGAAAUGUGGUGUCUUGGACUGCAAUGGUCACAGGUUACAUGAAGCAGAAAAGGUACAUGGAUGGGCUUGCACUGUUUCAUGAAAUGCAAGGUGCAGAGAUCGAGCCAAAUGAAUUGACAUUGGUAAACGUCCUUACGGCUUGUGCCCAUCUUGGAGCUUUGGAGAUGGGUAGGUGGGUUCAUAGAUUCAUCGAUAGGAAUGGAGUCUUCAUCAAUCCUACCCUUGGUACUGCCCUCAUCGACAUGUAUGUGAAAUGUGGGUACAUCCACAAAGCUUCCCAAGUGUUUGAAAAGCUCCCACAGUGGAGUGUUUGUACAUGGAAUUCAAUAAUUGGAGGACUUGCCAUGCAUGGUUAUGGGGAGAUGGCGCUUGAGAGGUUCGAACAAAUGCAAAUGAGUGAAACAAGACCAGAUAAAGUCACGUUUAUGGGAGUCUUACUGGCUUGCACUCAUUCGGGAUUGGUCGACAAAGGCACACAAUAUUUCUAUUCAAUGCAGAAGAAGUACGGUAUUGAACCCAGUAUCAAGCAUUAUGGGUGCUUUGUAAAUCUUCUCGGAAGGGCAGGUCUUUUACAAGAGGCUUAUAAGACUAUCAAAAACAUGCCGAUGGAACCCAACGGAGUUCUAUGGGGGGCAUUGCUCAAUGCUUGUAGUUCCCACGGCAAUGUCGAGUUAGCUGAGAUUGCGAUGGAACAUCUCAUUGAAUUGGAGCCGCUCAAUGAUGGGAACUAUGUCCUCCUGUCGAACAUAUAUGCCUCUAAAGGCCGGUGGGAUGAUGUUGCUAAGGUGAGGAGAUUCAUGAAAGAUAGGGGGAUUUUGAAGACACCUGGUUGUAGUUCGAUCGAGGUUGACAACGCAGUACAUGAAUUCAUGGCUGGUGAUAGCUCACACCCUCUAUCUAAGGAGAUAUAUUCCAUGUUGGAUGAUGUUGCAAUGAAAUUGAAGGCAGAAGGAUAUGUACCUAAAACUGGCCAUGUGUUGCAUGAAAUUGAUGAGGAAGAGAAAAGGCAAGCCCUAUGUCAUCACAGCGAAAAGUUGGCCAUUGCCUUUGGUCUUGUCAGCACGAGUCCUAGGACUCCAAUGAGGAUAGUGAAGAACCUUCGUGCAUGUAGCGAUUGCCAUAUUGCAACCAAGUUGAUCUCAAAGAUCUAUGAGCGGGAGAUAAUCGUUAGGGAUCGAAACCGCUUCCACCAUUUUAAGGAUGGAGCUUGUUCAUGCAAAGAUUAUUGGUGAAUGAUGCAAGGCCCUGAAGGCUGCUGGAGAGGUGGAUCCAUUGGUAUCAUAGUGGUGAAUUCUGAGACAAUUGCAUCA